AAGGAAAAAGUUGGCAGGCGGACAGCAGAGCCGUGUCUGCAUCCAUCCAGAGGAGGUCCGUGCGGUGUGGGGCGGGCCAGGAGUGAAGAGAGGCCUUCCUCCCUUUGUGCUCCCCCCGCCCCCGGCCCUAUAAAUAGGCCCAACCCAGGCUGUGGCUCAGCUCUCAGAGGGAAUUGAGCACCCGGCAGCCGUCUCAGGCCAAGCCCCCUGCCAGCAUGGCCAGCGAGUUCAAGAAGAAGCUCUUCUGGAGGGCAGUGGUGGCUGAGUUCCUGGCCACGACCCUCUUUGUCUUCAUCAGCAUCGGCUCUGCCCUGGGCUUCAAAUACCCGGUGGGGAACAACCAGACGGCGGUCCAGGACAACGUGAAGGUGUCGCUGGCCUUCGGACUGAGCAUCGCCACGCUGGCACAGAGCGUGGGUCACAUCAGUGGUGCCCACCUCAACCCGGCUGUCACGCUGGGGCUGCUGCUCAGCUGCCAGAUCAGCAUCUUCCGUGCCCUCAUGUACAUCAUUGCCCAGUGCGUGGGGGCCAUCGUCGCCGCCGCCAUCCUCUCAGGCAUCACCUCCUCCCUGCCUGGGAACUCGCUCGGCCGCAAUGACCUGGCUGAUGGUGUGAACUCAGGCCAGGGCCUGGGCAUCGAGAUCAUCGGCACCCUCCAGCUGGUGCUGUGUGUGCUGGCCACUACUGACCGAAGGCGCCGCGACCUUGGUGGCUCAGCCCCCCUUGCCAUUGGCCUCUCUGUAGCCCUCGGACACCUCCUGGCUAUUGACUACACCGGCUGUGGGAUUAAUCCUGCUCGGUCCUUUGGCUCCGCGGUGAUCACACACAACUUCAGCAACCACUGGAUUUUCUGGGUGGGGCCAUUCAUCGGGGGAGCCCUGGCUGUACUCAUCUACGACUUCAUCCUGGCCCCACGCAGCAGUGACUUCACAGACCGCGUGAAGGUGUGGACCAGCGGCCAGGUGGAGGAGUAUGACCUGGAUGCCGACGACAUCAACUCCAGGGUGGAGAUGAAACCCAAAUAGAAGGGGUCUGGCCUGGGCAUCCACGUAGGGGGCAGGGGCAGGGACGGGCGGAGGGAGGGGAGGGGUGAAAUCCAUAUUGUAGACACUCUGACAAGCUGGCCAAAGUCACUUCCCCAAGAUCUGCCAGACCUGCAUGGUCAAGCCUCAUUUGGGGGUGUUUCUAUCUCUUUCUCUUUCUGUUUCCUGGCCUCAGAGCUUCCUGGGGACCAAGAUUUACUAAUACAUCCACUCCCUUGAAGUCGUGGAGGAGGUGAAAGAAAGGGACCCACCUGCUAGUCGCCCCCUCAGAGUGUGAUGGGAGGUGUGCCACAAAGUCCCCCCUUGCCCCAAAGUUGCUCGCUGACUCACCUGCGCAGGUGCCUGGGAUUCUACUGUAAUUGCUUUGUGCCUUUGGGCAUGGCCCUCCUUCUUCUCCUAACAUGCACCUUGCUCCCAAUGGUGCUUGGAGGGGAGAGAUCCCAGAAGGUGCAGUGGAAGGGCAAGCUUUGCUCCUUCAGCUCUGCUUGCUCUCAGGCCCCCGACCUGCUCGGACUUAGGGCCUGACCUUGGAAUUGUCCCUAUCUCAGGGCCUCAGCGACCUCCUUCUGCAAAGUGGCAGGGACCGGCAGAGCUCAACGGGCCUGCAACCCCUAAGUGCAGAUACAGCAUGGGUCCGGAAGAUGUGGUCUAGACCAGGGCUGCUCUUUCCACUUGCCCUGUGUUCUUUCCCCAGGGGCAUGCCUGCUGCCACACGCCUCUGUGUACGUGUGUGCAGAGCAGACAGGCUACAAAGCAGAUAUCGACAGCCAGCCAGGUAGUUGGAACUUUCUGUUCCCCAUGGAGAGGCUUCCAUAGACAGAAUAAAGCCAUUUAGAGAGUGAAGGAGGAAUACCUAUGUUACUUCUCUGAGUUUUAGUUGGUCUUUCCAUCUAUCACUGCAUUAUCUUGCUCAUUCUUUCAGUUCUCUACUCACUCUCAUCAGUGUAGACACAGGUCACCAUUAUGCUGGUAUAUGUUUAUCAAAGAGCACUUGAGCUAUCUGAAGUCCAAAGCCUGAGAACAGAAAGACCCUGAUGCAGGUCAGCCCAUGGAGGCAGAUGCCCUUGCUGGGCCUGGGGAUUUUCCAAGCCCUCAGCUGGUCCUGAGCAGGAUGGAGCAAGCUCUUCUCUUGUUCAUGAGCUCCUGGUUGGAGGCAUUUGAGCAGGUGAGUAACCUGCACAGGCUUGCCGUGUGACCCCUGGCCACAGCCUUCCGUCCACAUUGACCUGGAGGGGAGGGGUCAGCCUUGACCUGAUGAACUCGCUAUAGUUGCAGCCCAAGGACAGUUCAGAGCUCAGAAUCAGCUUUGAAGGCUGAAUUCUUCCACUCAUCUAUCUACAUAAGUCCAUUCAUUUCCACCAGGGCCAGAGCAGUUCCACCACUGUGCACUUAGCCAUGAUGGCAACAGAAACCAAGAGACACAAUUACGCAGUAUUUAGGAGCAGAGGGACAACCAGGAGGCCCUUAGCUAUCACCAGCGCAUCACGUCUGCACACUGUCUUCUCCAUUCCCCAGCAGGAACUUCUAGCUCAUUUAACAGAUACACUGAGGCCCACGGUUUCAGCUAGACAAUGAUUUGGCCAGGCCUAGUAACCAAGGCCCUGUCUCUGACUACUCCCUGGACCAUGAGGCUGAUUCCUUUCAUUUCCAGCUUCUCAGUUUCUGCCUGAGCAAUGGCCAGGGGCCAGGAGUCGGGGGGGUUGUGAUGGAGGGGAAAGGGGGCACACCCACCCCCUGCCUGGUUCUAGGCUGCUGCAUACCAGGGCCCUGCAUCUGUCUGCUCUGCAUAUAUGUCUCUUUGGAGUUGGAAUUUCAUUAUAUGUUAAGCAAAUAAAGGAAAAUGACUUGUAAGGUC